AUGCCUCCGAAGAAAGACAAGGGCAAAGAGUUGCCAACUCUGGACGAGGCGUACGGCUUCAUGAAAGCCUUCGUUGAGACUCCGCAAGGUCAGGCACGAAAGAGAAGAAGAGAGCAGCAACAUGCCGACGAAGUUCGCAAGAGUUGGGAUGUUGACCCACUGCACGACCCUCAGAUGAUCGACGAGGUCAAGCAACGUCGCGCUGCGGCUCGAGCUCGAAUCAUUUCGCUUCUUCAGGAGAACCGAGCGUCUUCCAUGUCGAGAGUGAUCUUGCCUCCGAAUGAAGAAUUGCUUUCGAGAUACAAUGGAACAUCCGCCUCAGUCUCUCAACGUUCCGGAGCCCGGUAUUCCACUCGCAGCAAGAAAAAGGCCAACGGACAAGAGGGCAGCAAGAAAAAGGUCAACGGACAAGAGGGCAAUAGAAAAAUGAAGCAAAAACAUGUGUCGAAGAAGCUUGAGACCAUCGAGGAAGAGGAAGAGGAGGGCGCCGAGGACGAGCUCACCGCAAAGAAGACCCAAGAAGGAGCCAAAGACGAGGGCCUGAAGCCAGACGCAGACCACGUCACUCGAGUAGUCACAACGGUGGAACCCGAAGUGGUUCAAGGCGCCAAACCCGAGACGGUUCAAGACGCCAAACUUAAAGACGCCGAAACCAAGGCAGACAAAGUUGUUCCGGCCGAAAAGAAGGACAUUGUCCCAGUCGAUGGGGACAAGACGGUUCAAGACGCCAAACCCGAGACGGUUAAAGACGCCGAAACCGAGACAGACAAAGUUGUUCCGGCCGAAGAGAAGGACAUUGUCCCAGUCGAUGGGGACAAGACAGACGACAAGAAAGUGAGGCCCGAGGCCGAUGACGAAGACAAAGACGAAGACCCGCCGUCUAACAAUACACGCAGACCAUCGUCGUGCAUCGUGAGCUAG